UAUCUUGCUGAAAAUUCAGUCAGACAGUUGGUUAAUUUGUCAAGUUUCAGAAAUGUUUGCUUUUGGAGGAAAUGCAUCAACUUUAGGGAACAUAAUGACACCCAAAGGUCUCUCCAGGCAAAACCUUGCACUAACUCCAAGGAGAAUUCCUAAAUUUACCAUUCCUCCAAAAUUAACACUGUCUCCCCGUGUGAGCUUUCAACUCCUUCACAAUGAGGAGGACACAGAAAAGCUGAUAUCUCCAGAAAGUCCAGAGAAGCGGUCUCCAAGACGUCUGCCAUCUAUUGGGUCACCGUAUAUUACUGCCAAACUUCGCUUCACUCCUAAGAAGAAACGUCUGCAAAAAGGAACCUCAGAAGACCUGUCUGACCCUUCAACGCGUGCUGCCAUGUCUUUGGAACAUGUUGGAAAGGUGACCACACCCUACGGCUUUCGGACCUUAGCAGCCAGUCCCAAUGUCAGCCGCAGAGAGUCAUUAUUUCACAAACGGGGACGCUGUGCAGACAAGAGAGCAGCUUUGGAUGCUGAGAUUUCACCAUCUGCAACAUCGACAAGCAAAUACAGCUCUGCCAAAACAUCUCAAGAUGGCCCAAGUGACAACCAUUCACCUCGGAUGUCCAAAAGAGAAGGCCUGGAGAUGUUCCUCACCAAACCACUGACUGUCCUGAAGACUCUUACUCCCAAAAGGAGAAGUACUCCUAUGAAACUUAAACUAUAAAAUAGAUUGACGUAUUGCAGUGUUGGAGAAGACUGUCAUUUGUACAUUUUU